GCCUAGUCUGCCAAAGUACGAUAAUUUGUUCAAGACGAGUUCGCUGAUCUUCUUGUUACUGACUUGAUUUGCCCGUUGUAUAGAUUUUUUAUUCUAUCCUGCGUUGCUACCGACACCCCCGAUCCUCUUUCGCCGGACGUUCCCCCUCAUUUGUUUUUUCUUGCCUUGGCGCAGUCGAAGAGAAGUUUUGAAAAUCGUUGUUCCUAGCCGCCAUGAGUGUCGUCGGCAUAGAUAUCGGCUCUAUGAGCACCAAGAUUGGUGUUGCGAGGAACAAGGGUAUUGAUAUCAUCACAAAUGAAGUUUCCAACCGAUCCACCCCUUCCUUAGUGGCCUUUGGCCCCAAGAACAGAUUUCUCGGCGAGGCCGCAAAAACCCAAGAGAUCUCCAAUUUGAAGAACACUGUCGCUUCCCUGAAGCUCCUUACCGGUCGAUCGCUCAAAGAUCCCGAUGUCCAGCUGGAACAAGAAUAUAACAGCGCCAAAUUGAUCGACGUCAAUGGCGAGGCCGGUGUCGAAGUCUCCUAUCUCGGCAAGAAGGAGCAAUUUACGGCCACCCAGCUAGUCGCGAUGUAUUUGGGUAAGAUCAAGAGCACUGCUUCCGCUGAAUUAAGGCAGCCAGUGUCCGAUGUCGUUCUCAGCGUUCCUCCGUGGUUCACUGAUUCCCAGCGGAGAGGCAUGCUGGACGCCGCCCAGAUUGCCGGAUUAAAUUGUCUUCGCCUGAUCAAUGAUACUACCGCUAUUGCUCUCGGGUACGGUAUCACCAAGCUCGAUCUCCCCGCGCCCGAGGAGAAACCAAGGCGCGUGGCCUUUGUUGACAUUGGUCACUGCAACUACUCUUGUGCCAUCGUUGAGUUCCGCAAAGGCGAAUUGAAUGUCAAGUCGGUCGCCUAUGAUCGCCACUUCGGAGGUCGAUAUUUUGAUAAGGCUCUUGUGGAUCAUUUGGCCAAGGAAUUCAAGGAGAAAUUCAAGGUUGACAUUAGAACAAACCAAAAAGCAAUGGCGCGAACGCUCGCUGCUGCAGAGAAGUUGAAGAAGAUUCUCUCUGCCAACGUGGCUGCCCCAUUGAGUAUCGAAUGUCUCAUGGAUGAUGUUGAUGUUAAAGCAUUCGUGAAGCGUGAAGAGAUGGAAGAAAUGGUCCGUCCGCUCCUUGAUCGCGUCACUGUUCCUCUGGAACAGGCCCUCGCCGAUGCGAAACUCAAGCCUGAAGACAUUGACAGCAUUGAAAUGGUCGGUGGUUGUACACGUGUCCCCAUCAUCAAGGAGAAGAUCAGUGAAUUCUUUGGAAAGCCACUUUCUUUCACUCUCAACCAAGACGAGGCCGUCGCGCGAGGCUGUGCGUUCAGCUGUGCUAUCCUCUCCCCCGUUUUCCGCGUUCGUGACUUCUCCGUACAUGACAUCGUCAACUACCCCAUCGAAUUCACCUGGGAGAAGUCUCCCGAUAUUCCCGAUGAAGCAACAUCCUUGACAGUCUUCAACAAAGGCAAUGUCAUGCCAUCCACCAAGAUCCUUACUUUCUAUCGCAAGCAGCCAUUUGACCUAGAAGCCCGCUAUGCCAAGCCUGAGUUGAUCCCCGGAAAGCCUAACCCCUGGAUCGGCCGCUUCUCUGUCAAGAAUGUGGUUGCGGACGCGAACGACGAGUUCAUGGUAUGCAAGCUCAAGGCGAGACUCAACCUGCACGGUGUGCUUAACGUCGAGACCGGCUACUAUGUUGAGGAUGUCGAGAUUGAAGAGCCCAUUCCGGAGGAAAAGAAGGAAGGUGAUGCCAUGGAUACCGAUGGUGCCAACGGUGACUCCGAGAAACCAAAGAUGCGUAAAGUUAAGAAGCAAGUCCGCAAGGGCGACCUUCCUGUUAUCAGCGGUACCGCGUCGCUUGACAAGUCCAAGGUGGAGGAAUAUACCGAAAAAGAGAAUGCCAUGCACAUGGAAGAUAAGCUUGUUGCGGAUACCGAGGACAAGAAGAACGAACUCGAGUCCUACAUUUACGAGCUGAGAGACAAGAUUGAUGGUGUUUACGCUGAAUAUUCAAAUGAUGAGGAGAAAGAGAAAGUCAAAGCCAAACUUGAUCAAACAGAGGAUUGGCUAUAUGAUGAUGGUGAGGAUACCACCAAGGCCGUUUAUGUCGCCAAGAUGGAUGAGAUUCGUUUCCUUGCUGGACCUAUCAUUCAGCGUCACCUCGAUAAAAUUGAAGCAGAGCGACAGGCUCAGCUGAAAGCCCAGGAAGAGGCGGCUGCAAAGAAGAGAGCCGAGGAAGAAGCGAAGAGGAAGGCAGAGGAGGAAGCCAAGAAGAAGGAGGCAGUGGACACGGAGAUGAAGGACGCUGAUGCCGAUGCUCCGAAGGCUGGUAAUAAUGAUGCUGAGAUGGAAGAAGUCGAGUAG